CUUGCCCCCAGGACUGUGAUUAUGAUAGAACACCGAGAUACUGGCGGCCCUACCCCUUCCGAACCUUGGGAACCCACACGACGCACCCGCACAAUGGCCUUGUCCUAAGCCUCGUAUUGCUCCCUGCGGUCUUGCGCCAGUUUCCGAACUAUCCUGCCAGAUAGCACAUUCCAUCCUACAUCACUUCACCUUCAACCACUACUAUCGUGCUAUUCUUUGGUCUAUUCUAGCGUUCUUGACCCCUUGAAACUCGGUUACUGCUUAUUGGAAAUUAGUCUCUUGUGACUAGAGCUGUGUUAUCUGGCACCAUAAACCAUACCACACGCGAUUGAUCAAGAACAUUCUUGCGUAACAAGUGGUCCAUACGACUGGGUACCCUUUGCAGCGCCUGUCAUUUCCCGUAGCAGCGUCUGUGCCUGUCGGCGAAAUGUCCGCAAAGGCAGAGGACUUAAGUGAACCGGCUACUGUGACUCCGCCGUACAGCGGCGACCUUGAAAAGAACUUUGUAACGUCGCAAGACCCGUAUGAGAUGGAUACGGUAACCCCACCGCCUUCAAUUCGUCAUGCUGCGUCGGUACCAGAUUUCUUCGACCCCAACUUUGACACCGAGGCCGAUUUUCUCGAAAAUGACUCACCAUAUCCCGAAGUCCGUUCCGCCGUGGCUAACUUUGACGACCCCGAGAUGCCCGUCUGUACAGUCAGAGCAUGGGUCAUUGGGAUCUGUUGGGCCGUGGUCUUACCAGGCGUGAACCAAUUCUUCUACUUGCGAUAUCCCACUAUCAUGGUUGGACCUAUCGUGGCUCAAUUACUUACGUUUCCCAUGGGGAGAUUAUGGGCACGCUUCAUGCCUCGAGUAAAGGUGCUGGGGAGGUCGUUGAAUCCCGGCCCCUUCACUAUAAAGGAGCACGUACUAGCGACGGUAAUGGCUGGCGUUGGAGCACAGUCUGCAUAUGCUACUGAAAUUGUUGCCGUGCAACGGAUAUGGUACAAUCAACGGUUCAACUUCGCUUACCAAUGGAUGCUGGUAAUGUCGACGCAAAUGAUAGGGUUCUCGGUUGGUGGCCUAGCUAGGAGACUCCUUGUGGCCCCGGCUUCAAUGAUUUGGCCAAACACCCUCGUCACCUGCGCGAUGUACAACACACUCCACUCACAGAACUACGCCGGUAUUGGACAGAGGGAUGGCAUCAGUCGAGAACGGUUCUUCGCCUAUGCGUUUAUUGGGGCUACUCUUUGGUAUUUCGUACCGGGGUAUUUGUUCCAAGCUCUCAGCAUGUUCACCUGGGUAUGCUGGUUGGCACCCAAUAACGUGACGGUGAACGCACUCUUUGGCUAUCACAGUGGCAUGGGAUUCUCUCUGCUAUCGUUCGACUGGACUCAGAUUGCGUUUAUCGGGAGUCCAUUAGCAACGCCUUGGUGGGCCGAAGCGAAUGUGCUAGCAGGUUACUUGCUCUUUUACUGGUUCCUGACCCCAAUUCUAUACUUCACAAACACGUGGUAUAGCCAAUACAUGCCAAUCUCGGGCUUGAACGCUUACGAUCGUACAGGCAAGCUCUACGAUACGUCUAGGGUUCUCAACGAUGAUGCAACGUUCAACUUGGAGGCGUAUAAAACUUAUAGCCCGUUAUUCCUUCCGAUAAGCUUCGCGGUGUCCUACGGGAUUACGUUCGCGGCUAUCACAGCGACGAUCGUCCAUGCUAUCCUUUACUUCAGGAAACCAAUCAGCGUCCAUCUUCAUAGAACAUUGAAGGAACAGCCAGACAUUCAUGCACAAUUGAUGACUCAGUACCCCCAAGUGCCGGAAUGGUGGUAUGCUUGUAUUUUCGUUGUCACAUUUGCUUUUGCGUGCAUAUGCGUCAUGGUGUAUCCAACACAAAUGCCCAUCUGGGCCGUGAUAGUAGCAUUGGUCAUCGCUCUCAUUUAUGUCAUUCCAGUUGGUAUGAUUCAGGCUGUCACAAAUCGACAAGUUGGUCUGAACGUCAUAACGGAACUCAUUGUGGGGUAUGCGCUUCAAGGGAAACCUGUUGCGAUGAUGAUGUACACAUGGGGUUAUAUCGGUGUCUACCAAGCACUGACGUUCACACAAGACUUCAAGCUGGGCCAUUAUAUGAAGAUACCUCCAAGAUCGAUGUUCUGGUCUCAAGUCAUUGCCGCUGCUAUUGCGGGGACGGUACAACUCGGGGUGAUGAACUGGAUGUUCACAAAUAUUCCGCACCUCUGUCAACCAAUUCAAAUGGAGAUGUCUGGAUUCACAUGUGCUAGCACCCAGGUUUUCGCAACGGCAUCUGUUGUGUGGGGUUUGAUUGGUCCAGCACUACAGUUCUCCAAGGGGCAACUAUAUUACCGUAUGUUCUACGCCUUUCGGGCUCCAAUCGUUGUUUGGCUACUUGCGAAGAAGUACCCAAAUUCCUUCCUCAACUAUGUCAAUAUACCUCUUCUCUGUGCUGGAAUCGGCCUGAGCCCACCCGCUACUUCAGCGAACUAUAUACCAUGGGCAAUCAUUGGCUUCGUCACGCAGUACUACGUGCGGAGGAAGUACUUCCCGUUCUGGGCAAAGUACAACUACGUUCUGUCUGCGGCAAUGGACGCAGGGACAGCAGUUGCACUGGUACUGGUGUACUUUUGCUUACAAUACCCUGAAAAUGGACACAUUGGAGAGAACACCAUCCGGCUGUGGUGGGGGAAUACUGUGUUCAAGCGUACUGCAGACUGGCAGUCUACGCCCCUUAGAACCCUCCGGCAGGGUGAAACAUUUGGUCCUGAUACGUGGUAGAGAUAUUUAUGGAGUCUGUAUCUCUAGCCUGCUUUAUGAUUUCGGCAUGUGCAUGUCUGUGGAAUAUUUCUCAUGUGUCUAUAUAUGAAUGAGCGGACGACGAUCCCGCGUUGUUUCCGCUGUUCGCUCGCUAUGACCGACGUUGAGUACAAUACGGACGAUGAGUACAACAC